AUAAUGUAAUGUACUAUUUAGUUGUUUAGAUCCUUUUUGUUGGGAGCUUUAGAACCAACUGCACAAUGUUUUACCAUAUUUCUUUGGAGCAUGAGAUAUUACUUCAUCCACGUUACUUUGGGCCUCAAUUAUUAGAAACAGUAAAGCAAAAGCUUUUCACAGAAGUUGAAGGCACUUGCACUGGAAAGCAUGGCUUUGUCAUUGCUGUCACUACUAUUGAUAACAUUGGAGCAGGCUUUAUACAACCUGGCAGAGGAUUUGUGGUAUAUCCUGUAAAAUAUAAAGCAAUUGUUUUCCGCCCAUUCAAGGGUGAAGUUUUGGAUGCAGUUGUUACACAAGUGAAUAAAGUUGGUCUAUUUACUGAAAUAGGACCUCUUUCCUGCUUUAUUUCUAGGCAUUCUAUUCCUUCAGAUAUGCAGUUUGAUCCAAAUUCAAAUCCACCCUGUUAUCGUACAGAAGAUGAGGAAGUAGUUAUCCAGCAAGAUGAUGAAAUUAGAUUGAAAAUUGUUGGAACCAGAGUAGAUGCUACUGAUAUUUUUGCUAUUGGUACUCUGAUGGAUGACUAUCUUGGUCUGAAUUGAAGUUUUAUCACUAUUUUACCUUGAAAACUGAUCUUGUAAAUAAACAUUCCUUUGUAUGUGUAUAAACCAGUAUCAUAUUUCAUUGAAAACAAACAUAAUAAUAACAUAAAGCCAUUUUUCAAAGGAAACAAAUCGCAUGAAAAGAUUAGAGAUACAACAAAUAUCGAGGAAAAUCAUGGAUCCGAGGAAGGAUCUCAUAGCUGUGCAAUUUAAACUCAAUGAAAAUGCUAGGCAUCUUUUAGAAGCCAAAAGUAACAAACUGGAGAUGUCUGCAUUGGGGGUAAAAUAUAGUAUAAAGGCUUAUAAUACAGUGAAAUCCUGUUGCAAUGAACUUCAAGGGACAGCAAAUUUUAUUUGUUGUGAUGGAAUUCAAGUAAUGGAAUGGAAAUAAAAUCAAGAUUGAAAAUUUCUUUCAUUGUAACAGACAUUUCAUUGUAACAUUAUUUCAUUGUGCAUAUUAGUUCAUACAUAAAGCAUGUAAAUUUUUCACACAUUAAA